AUGGCGCUGACGAGCGAGCGGUUCGAACUCGGUCCGCGGAUCGGCCGCGGCAGCGCGGGCGACGUCCACACCGCGCGCGAUAAGCUCACCAACGAUGUCGUCGCGGUCAAGCUCGUGGACCUGGAGGAGGCGGAGGACGAGGUGGAAGACAUCCAGCGCGAGAUCUCGUACCUGGUGCAGUGCUCCUCGCCGUUCGUGACCAAGUAUCUCGGCUGCUGGCUCGACCCCGGGUCCACGCGCCUCGCGAUCGCGAUGGAGUACAUGGCGGGCGGGAGCGUCGCGGACCUCAUCAGGGAUGACCUCGGUGGCCCGCUCUCGGAGUCCGCGUGCGCCGUCAUCUGCAGAGACCUCCUCUACGCGCUCGACUACCUCCACGGCGAGGGGAAGAUCCACCGAGACGUCAAGUGCGCGAACGUGCUGCUCACCGCGACGGGCGAGAUCCGCCUCGCCGAUUUCGGCGUCGCGGGAACCCUGACCCAAACUCUCGGCGGGAACAAGCGGCGGACGUUCACCGGCACCCCCUUCUGGAUGGCGCCCGAGGUGAUCCAGGCGCACGAAUCCGACGGGUACAACUCCAAAUGCGACAUCUGGUCGCUGGGCAUAACCGCGAUGGAGGCGGCCAACGGCACGCCCCCGUACAGCGACCUGCACCCCAUGCGCGUGCUCUUCUUCAUACCGAAGAACCCGCCGCCCCGGUUGGAGGGGGGCAAUUUCUCCGACGCGUUCAAGGAGUUUGUCGCCGCGUGCCUGCAGAAAGAUCCGGACCGGCGGCCGCGAGCGAACCAGCUGGUGAACCACAGGUUCAUAGCGCACGCGCCCGAGCGGUGCGACGAGCUCACGGACAGGGUGAACAAACGCAUGCACGGCGGCGUGGAUCGCAUGACGAGCUCGAGCGUCGGGGGGGACGAUGUGGGCGUCGAGACAACGGAGACGCGGCACGAAGCGGCGCCGAGCUGGGACUUU